ACCUGAAGGUCCAGUUCACCGUAGGAUACUAUUUCGUCAGGUUCAUGCACGGGUUUGAAGUUCAUGGUUAUGAAAAUCUGCCGAAGGGUGGUGCCAUGCUCGCCUUGUUCCAUGGUCCCGCCAUCCCUACCGAUCUUUUUUUCAUGAUGUGUCUUUCCUAUCUGAGAGAUGGACGCUUACUGGGGUCCAGUACCGAAAAGAGCUACUUCGAAAACCCAUUUCUCAAACAAUUCUGGAAGCUCCUGGGCUGCAGCAGUGGCCGACAAGAAUUCUUGGAAGAUCUGAAGAAUGGUCAUCUGAGAGGCGUGGCCCCCGGUGGCGGCCACGAGGCCAUGUUCAGCAAAAACUACAAGCUGGUCUGGAGAUCCCGAUCCGGAUUUGCGGAGGUAGCCAAAGAAGCAGGGGUUCCGGUGGUCCCGAUGUUCACGAGGAACAUCCAGCAUGGGUUGCUCCAACUCGAGUUCCUAAGAUCAGAAACCGUUCAACGAUGGUACAGCUCAACGAGAUUCCCCAUCAUCAUACCCACAUUCUACCUCCCCGUGAAAAUGAGAACCUAUCUGGGCAAGCCGCUUCUCUGCGGACCUGAUGAGGAGCCAGAGGCCUUCGCGCUAAGAUGUAAGAGGGCGGUUGAGGAUCUGCGGGAUAAGCACCAACCACCAGAGCAAACCUAUUGGGGUGCCCUCAUGGAGAGGCUUCGGUAGUCCUGUGAUAAACGGCUGAGGAUGU